AUGAGAGUCCGCAGAGCAUUCCACCUUCUGCUCGUGUGCCUGAGCCCAGCACUGCUGCCCGCUGUGCAGAUCAGUGGGAAUGAAAAAGAAAUCCUGAACGUGGCAGAAGGUGACAGCGUGAGACUGAACUGCCCCUACAUCCUGGACCCUGAGGACUAUGGUCCUAAUGGGCUGGGCAUCGAGUGGAUGCAGGUCAACCCAGAACCCUCACGUCAGGAGAAAGUGUUCCUUAGUUACCGGGACAAGAGGGUCAACCAUGGCGACCUCCCCGAUCUGCAGAAGAGGGCCCACUUUGCAGCCCCAGAUCCCAGCCAGUACGAUGCCUCCAUCAACCUCUCGAACCUGCAGGUAUCCGACACAGCUACCUACGAGUGCCGGGUGAAGAAGACCACCGUGGCCACCCGGACGGUCAUCAUCACUGUCCUAGCACGGCCUAUGGUGCCCAUGUGCUGGUCUGAGGGCCUCAUGUCAUACGGCAACAAUGCGGUGCUGAAGUGCCUUGUCAGUGGGGGCAGCCCGCCUCUCACCUACAAGUGGAGAAAGAUCAGGGGGCGCACCUACCCCUACCGUGCCAGUUCCUACCAGUCCCAGGACACCUUCCAGUCUGAGGUCUCCUACGACGAGUCCUACAGCUCCAUAAGUCAAGGCAUGAACUAUGGUGAGCUGGUGUUGAAGGACCUCUCCUUCAAGGAUGAUGGGCUGUAUCAGUGCACAGUGACCAACCAAGUAGGCAACAGCGUAUGUGUGGUGGAGAUGAAGGUCUCAGGAGCCUGGCACAUAGGAAUAAUCGUUGGCGCAGUGCUGGGCUCUUUACUCUUGCUGGGCUGCCUGAUAUUGGGCAUCUGGGGGCUCGUCCGUGGCUGCUGCAGGGGGCCCCCCGGUGCCUUCUGCUGCUGUGGCCAGGUCCGCAGAAAGGCCUGCUGCGACUUGCCUAAUGAUAUCAGAGAGGACGACGUGGCGCCCGGGUGCAAGGCCAAAGGGCGCGGCAGCAGCGUUACCCAAUUCCUGGGGUACCCGAUGCAGAAGAUCAGGCACUCCCUGAGCCUCAAAUACGCGCCUCAUCACUGCGAAGUCCCCGAGGACUUGGCCCUGGCGUCCAGCGCCGCCGCCGCCCCUCUAGACUCCAAAGCGGACCAGUCCCAGGUCUACAUCAAGGUCGAGAGUGCAAAGCCAGCCGACUGCGCCGCCGAGGGGACGCUGCCGUGCAAGGAUGGCCUCCUGGUGUGA